UAUGACUCGUUUACAUCGAGUAACGAUGUCUUCAUCAAACUGUAGAUCAAUUCUUUUCUUCCUCUGGCUUUUAACUGCAUUUAGUAAUGUUGCUGAAUGUUAUCGUGCCGUCGCUGUUAUACAUGGUGUGCUCACUGGAAGCGACAGCAUGGAAAUUAUUACCAACAGGAUACAAGAGAUGCAUCCUGGAACUCAAACUUACAAUACCCCGAGAUACGCAGGAUGGAACAGCCUGGAGCCGAUGUGGCGACAAGUAGAAGAGAUAGGAAUGGAUAUUAUAUCUAUCGGUGCCGCAUUUCCCGAGGGAAUACAUUUAGUAGGGUAUAGCCAAGGUGGCUUAUUAGCUAGAGCUAUAUUACAAAGGUUUCCUGACCAUAAUGUCAGGAACUUCAUCUCCUUAAGUUCGCCGCAGGCAGGACAAUACGGAACUCGAUUCUUACACUUAUUUUUCCCAAAUUUGGUGUGUGAAACUGCUUACGAGCUCUUUUAUUCGAAAAUCGGUCAACACACUAGUGUCGGCAAUUACUGGAAUGAUCCUCACCAUCAGGAAUUGUAUUACAAGUAUAGUAAAUUUCUUCCACUCGUGAACAACGAAAGAAAUGCGACAAAAGCUAUGUCGUUUACACAAGGUAUCACCAAAUUGAAACGUAUGAUACUCGUUGGAGGUCCUGACGACGGCGUAAUCACACCCUGGCAAAGUAGUCACUUCGGAUACUACGAUAGCAACGAGACAGUGGUACAUAUGCGUGAUAGAUCGAUUUAUAAGGACGAUUUAAUUGGAUUAAAGGCACUGGAUGAGAGUCAUAGACUUACUCUCAUUACAGUACCUAAUGUUCCCCACUUUGAAUGGCACAAAAAUGUAUCUAUAGUAGACGAUUUUUUACUGCCAUAUCUAGAUUAAUGUAGUCUAUUGUAAGUUACAUAGAAUUAAUCAUUACCCCGUGACAUGGAGGAAACUUCAACAGUCACUGAGAUCUGUCUUGUUCAUGACAAUUGGUGUGACUGAAUUUUUUUUUAUGCAUAUUACAAGAUGCUUAUUAAGGAUUCUAAUAAUCUAAUAAUAAAAUAUCAAGUCAUAGUACCUAAACAAACAAAUACCUCUAUAUACAAAUAAGACAAAUGACUUGUAAGGGGCAGCUCAAUAAUAAACAUUUAUAUAGUAUUUU